AUGAGACCUUUGACAGAAGAAGAGACAAAAGUAGUGUUUGAGAAACUAGCCAACUACAUUGGUCGAAAUAUCUCAUUUCUUAUAGACAACAAAGAAAACCCAUGCGUUUUCCGUUUACAGAAAGAUAGAGUCUACUACGUUUCAGAAACCAUAGCCAAGUACGCUACUAGUGUAUCGCGUCAACAACUCAUGUCUUUGGGCGUUUGUUUUGGUAAGUUCACCAAGACUGGGAAAUUCAAGUUGCACAUAACUGCACUCAGUUAUCUUUCGCAGUAUGCUAAAUUCAAAGUAUGGAUCAAGCAGAAUGGUGAGAUGCCCUUUUUGUAUGGAAACCAUGUGUUGAAGGCCCAUGUGGGGAGAAUGAGCGAAGACAUACCCGAACAUGCUGGAGUGAUUGUAUAUAGUAUGAAUGACGUGCCUCUUGGGUUUGGUGUAAGUGCCAAGUCAACCGCAGAGGCAAGGAACUUGGCUCCAACAGGGAUUGUUGCCUUUAGACAAGGUGAUAUUGGUGAAUACUUGAGAGAGGAGGAUACAUUAUUUACUUAG